AUGGGAAAAGUUCGAAACCGCCGUUUUCAAGCCAAAAAAUAUAAUUUCCGUAAGCAAAAUCCUACAACCUAUGAAGUUCAGAUCAAUGUGCCGAAAACAAAUAAGAUUGACAGCCACGAAACGGGUGUUGACAGGCUUAGUAAUUUGCCUGAUGAUAUCAUACGCCGCAUCCUCUCUAUGAUGGACACAAGAUCAGCAGUAAGAACUUGCCUGUUGUCGAAGCAGUGGAAGCAUUAUUGGACCGAAAUCGAAAGUAUUAAAUUUGACGACAAACCGUUCAAUAGUUGGAAAGAUUAUGCAAAAUAUAUCCGGCAUGUGUUACGUCGGCGGAAGCCUUUUCGUCUCCGUAGGCUUACGUAUAAUUGCAGCGGGAGAAAGGACAAAUCCCUUGUCAGCCGAAUUUUCAAUUAUGCCAAGAAAUACAAUGUUGAAGUACUUGAAACAGAUCUAUCUACUUUCUGUCCAAGGUUUUACGAGUGUAAGACUUUGAAGACCCUCAAAUUUGGUCCAAAUUAUAACAUGGGAAACUUGCCAAAUCCUUUUGGGUUUGAAUCUUUAACAAAUUUGCAACUCUUUGGAGUAUGCUUCAACAUUUGUGCUCCAGAGCUGGCUAAGUUGACUGUUUCAAAUAUUUUAGAUUGUAAUUCUGGCAGUAAAACCCUUGUGAUAUCUGCACCAAAACUUAAAAUCUUCUACUUCAAUGGGAGGUAUCCUCUUGUAUUAAGAAGUGAUAAGUGUUUAAGUUUUGAUAUAGUGGAUAUGAAAUUUUUUCUUCCAGCAAUUGAUUCCCUUGAGCAAUAUAAUUUGAAGAAGCCAUACAUAUCAGGUCUGCUAGCCAUGGCUAAAGGGUUCAAUCACGCAAAGUCAGUCACAAUCUCAUUCAAUUUUUCAAAGGGAAAAUUGUUGUUGCAUCGAAGCCAUAGGACUCUGGAGACAAAAAGUAAAGUUAUAGAGAACUAUGAGGAUGUUGGAGAGGGAGGAGAGGGAUGGUCAAUUGAUUUGACUAAAGUUGGACUGCAUUUAGAACCGUGUGGAUUUUACAUGAUGUGGAUGGCUACCAAGAUAUGA